AUGGAGAGCGACGUGGUCGCCCAGUUUUGUGAUAUCACCGGCUCGAACCCAGAGCUGGCGACGCAGUACCUGCAGCUUACCGAUUUCAACAUCGAACAAGCCAUGCAACUCUACUUCGAUAAUGGAGGUGCCCCAUUGACUGAGGAGCCCCAGCAACCUCCCCGUCCUUCCAAUUUCGAAGACGAAUCAGGUGUGGUCCAUAUCGACUCCGACUCCGAUGAUAAUAAUCCUACCGAACGUCCAACACCCCGCGCCGCGGGCGUAACAUUCGAGGAUGACGCCGCCAUGGCUCGCCGACUACAAGAAGAGAUGUACGGCGCUGGUGGUCCAGGUGGUGCCCAAGGUGCAGGAGGGGGUAAUGGCGAUUUUGAUGAUGAGGGUGUUCGAGCGCCCAUGGCGCGCACGACGGAGACCUUGGUGGGGCCUGGAGCAGCCGAUUUCGACGACGAUGAUGAUAUGCAUACCAAUAUUUUGAGCCAACUGCGUGCUCGCGGGCGAGGUGGUCGGCCAGGUAUCUUCAACCAGAGAAAUACCGCCUCGAUUUGGACCGGUGAUUCUGAAGAAACCCAUCAAGAGCGACUCUCCAGAGCCACCGGGGGCGCAUCAGAGGCCUCUUCGAAACAAAAUAGGCUUGCAGAAAUGUUCCGUCCUCCAUUCGAGAUCAUGUCGAGGGUGCCUUGGGACGUGGCCCGGGAUGAUGGAAAAGCGCAGGAGAAAUGGUUGCUCGUCAACAUCCAAGACUCGUCUGUCUUUGAUUGCCAAGUUCUCAACCGAGAUCUGUGGAAGGACAAGACGGUCCAAGAAACUGUAAUGGAACAUUUCAUUUUUCUUCAAUUCUCCAAGGAUGAUCCCAAGGGUUCCGCCUACAUUCAAUAUUACUUCCAAGCCAGCGAUGUCUCCGAUAACUACCCGCACAUUGCCAUUGUUGAUCCUCGCACCGGCGAGCAGAUGAAGAUCUGGUCGGGUCCUCCAGUGAUCAAACCUGCAGACUUUCUCAUGCAACUACAUGAGUUCCUCGACCGCUAUAGCUUGAACCACAACGUCCGGAACCCCGUGGCCAAGAGGAAACAAGAGAAGGGGAAGACCGUGGAUGCAAUGACCGAAGAGGAAAUGCUGGAGAUGGCGAUGAGGAACAGUCUUGGCGAGAGUGCAGCUUCCGGUCAGAAACAGGGAGAUCCUGAUGAUUUGACUCGCAGUACCGACGAUGUCAAAGGCAAGGGCCGAGCUACUGAAGAAGACGACAUCAUGGGUGGGACGCCCGAAGAGGAGGAAGAAGAAGAUGAGGAAUCCCACUCAAGUUCGGCGUUUUCUUCCAUUCCCAACAAUCAACCACACACCGAGCCUGCCGCGGACCCGGCUACGACGACCCGUAUCCAAUUCCGUCAUCCUGCCGGACGUGUUAUCCGCCGAUUUUCGCUCAGCGACCCCGUCCAGCGUAUUUAUGAAUGGCUCAAGGCCGAGCCGCCUUUAGAAGACAAGGUCGGAGUGGAGUUUGACCUGAAUGCUAUGGGACGGAAUUUAAUAGAUCACCUCUCGACAAGCAUCGAGGAGGCAGGGCUGAAAAACGGCACGGUGAACAUCGGGUACUUGGCGGAGUAA